CCCGCCAGUCCCGACCGGGCCUCGGUUUUGUGGACGAUCCCACAACUUCAGGGGGGUUUGGGCAGAGCCUUAAAUGACCCGACGUCGUAGGGCGGGCCAAGGGCCAAACCGGGUAAGAUCCGGGCCUCAGCGUCUCGCAGUCUGAGCUCGCAGCGAGCUGGCACAAGGGGCCAGGCUGCAAAGACGGUAAUGUCAGUGUCCAUUCCCGGCGGACUGGCUCUCUGUCCAACGUGAACGUCAGCACGGAUGUUAAAAAUAACGGGUUUUUCUUGCGUAUGGCCGAAGACCAGUCCUGGAGCGGCCCCCACCACUCACCGGUCGCCUUUGUCUCCCCCUCCUCCUUGGCCCACAACAGCUGAAGAUGUGUGAUCAGAUUUCCCUAGCCUCGUGAAGAACCUCGCCUCUCAGAAGAUCCCUUGCCCUCCUGGCUCCUUACUCUCAUACUCUGGGCAGUGAGGCAGCGCUGGGCACUUAUGAGGGACCUGCCCGGGUCGCUUGGGAUGGUUCCUGGCAGAUGUCCAUCCGUGUGUGCCAGGCCUUCUGGGCCAUUCCCAAGCAUCUGGCAGGUGGGAACCUUGCUCACCUAUCCGCCAGGCAGUUGAGAAGAGGAACCCGAGUCUGUUUCUCUGCCAGGCUCUGUCCAGGUCGUGCCAGGUCAGAGCUGCUUUUUAAAAUUCCUGCCUAAGGUUAGACACAAACAGCAGGAUUCCAGAAACAAACUGAGAAGUUUCCUUUGGGUUCACAUAAAUAAAUGGGAAAGCUUUCCUGAAGGAUGGGGCAAAAAAAGAAACUGGCAGAGGCAGAUCAGCAGCAGAGCCCAACAGACACAGCCUGGAUGCCUUCCUCUAAGAAGUCUUGCCUGAGACCAUCCUUAGCCCUGGGCUCUCAACGCAGCAUCUAUUUCUCUCAGAGUCCCAAGGACCACUCUGCCAGGCUGGGGUCAGAGUUUUUUGGCCAGCCAGCAGUCUCCUUGGCCCGGGCAUUACUGGGACAGGUCCUUGUUCGGCGACUUGGUGAUGGCACAGAGCUCCGUGGCUGCAUUGUGGAGACCGAGGCAUACUUGGGACCAGAGGAUGAAGCUGCCCACUCCAGGGGUGGCCGGCAGACCCCCCGCAAUCGCAGUAUGUUCAUGAAGCCUGGAACGUUGUAUGUCUACCUCAUCUAUGGGAUGUACUUCUGCAUGAAUGUCUCUAGCCAAGGGGAUGGGGCUUGUGUCCUGCUUCGAGCACUAGAGCCUCUGGGGGGCCUGGAGACCAUGCGGCAGCUUCGUCGCACCCUCCGUAAGGGUACCAUCAGCCGUGCCCUCAAGGACCGGGAGCUCUGCAGCGGCCCCUCCAAGCUGUGCCAGGCCCUGGCCAUUGACAAGAGCUUUGACCAGCGGGACCUGGCCCAGGAUGAGGCUGUGUGGCUAGAACAUGGCUCCCUGGAGCCCAGUGCAUCAGCUGUGGUAGCAGCAGCCCGCAUUGGCAUUGGGCGUGCAGGAGAAUGGGCCCAGAAGCCUCUGCGCUUCUAUAUCCGGGGCAGUCCCUGGGUGAGUGUGGUGGAUAAAGUUGCUGAGCAGGACAUACAGGCCUGAGCAAAUAGCCUGCUUAUGCUUUUUAACUGUUUAAAGGCCAAAUAAAUGCUUUU